ACAUAGUUUUGACAAGAUAAAAGACGGGACACCAUGCCCUGGGAUGACAUAGAAGUUGGUAUUGGAGGAGACGAGACUGCAAACUUUGGUCAGCGCAAUGAGACCGGCCCUGGACUGUACCAGGUUGACACACUCGCCACUGUGUCCAACAGUGGACAGGUGACAAAGAACCCCCGCCUGUAUGCAGCCUGUUCACAGCUGGGACUGUGUCUGGUGGCAGACUGUCAAGUCUCCCUGUUCACAGAGACAUGUGAUGAUCACUUGAUCACUCUCACCUAUGGGUCGGCAGUGGAUGCAGUGGUUUGUAGCCAGGACUCCCUGUUCCUACUGAUAGGAGAAAGCUCAGGGACUCUGCACAUGAUGGAGACUAACACACAGACUCUGCUGUUUUCUGAGAGUUUGGUUCCAGAUCUGCAGCCUGUGAACGGAAAGGCUUUCUGUGGGCUAGAGAUCACCUCAUCUGUAGAACAUGAUUCGUAUGACUUGACCAUUCUAACCAGUGAUGGCCGGCUUGUCAGGUUCUGCAACAUUGACCUGAAGGGCAUAGCAAAAGCUCUGGAGACCAAAGACUUUGCUACUGCUAAGAAGCUGAAGGAUGGCAUCCAGCUGGAAAUUGUGGACACCAGCAGUGAACAUACAGAGGGAACCAUCUGUCUGAAAUGCCACAACUGGGGGAGUGACACAGUCAUCAUUACCGGGGGACAAGGUGACUCCAGCAUCUGUGUUUGGAGUAGGGAGGAAGCAGACACCACUGAACUUUUGACUGGCAUUGACUCCGCCCUUCUAGCAGGCUCUGCUGUUGUGAAGUGUGACUUCAAGGAUAAUUUCCUGUUCAUGCUUACAAAGAAGGGUGUACUGAGUCAGUGGGAUGCUCAGUCUCUCAUCAUGCUGAACAAGUGGCCUGGCCUGGCCGUACAGGACUUCCUCAUCAUGGACGCUAGCAGUGUGCAUUCACCAAGCAAAAAUGCAAACCUCCAAAGCAGUUUGAAGAUUGUGCUUCUGACCCUGCCCAACAAAGACGGAAAGUGCCACCUGCAGGUGCAUUCCCUCCCAGGUAUGCAGCUGGCCUACAGUCUGGAGCUGAACCAGGUGGCAGCUCUGGUGUGUGCACCUGCCAGCCAGGAGACAAUUUUUGUCAUUGAGGGUGCACACAGGGAUGACAUUGAAGAAACAAGCACAUCAGAUGGCUUAGUUUCCACCCUGAGAGUCCGCUGUCUGACAGAGUCGCUGCCUGACACCCGGUUCCACCGCCUGCUGCACAAGAAACAGUACCAGGAGGCACUCAAGUUUGCAGACACUUACGAGCUUGAUGUGGAGCUGGUGUACAAAGUCAAGGCUCAGGACAUCCUGACACAGACAGACCCUUGGACACAACCACAGAAGGACGGACAGACGACAGAGCAGAUCUUUGCUGACCUGAAGGACUGUCUCAGUCACAUCAGUGACAAUGGUUGUGUUGCAGACAUCUGUGUUCAGGCCACCCUGCCCACCAUGCAGGCCACUCACGAGCUGCUCACGUACGCAGAAGGACGGGUGAACAAGAAGGGUGGCGAUGCAGUGCUGUCAGAAGAGGAACUGAUUUCUCGUGCUGCCUGGCAAACAAAGGUGCUUGAAGCUCUCCAUAGACUUGGCACAUUCCAGGUGGUGUUUGGGCCACAGCUAUUCAGUGCUACCCAGUGGUAUGAGUUCAUGAAGGCAGACCUACUGGUGGAAGUGUGUGAAGGCUUCAGGAGGACAGAUGUACAGCAGGCAGCAGCUAUCUGGUGUAGACAUCAGGCGGAGUUUGAAGCCAGGUUUACGGUGGGGUGGUUGAAGAAAGUCCUACAGUCCAUCACUGACAACGUGCUGUCUGAUCACAUCCUGCCUUGGCUCAGGGGAGACUUCGUACCCUUUGUACUCAGGGUCCUCCCAGAAGGAAGGGCUGUACUUGCCCAGUGGUUGGAUCAGAGGACCCGAAAUCUGGAACUUUCAGAAAAGGCUGGCUGGCCUGAGAAUGGACUAGCCAUGGCUGAGUUAAUGGUGAAGGUGGGAGGGAGGGAGGCCGAGUGGGAGAAUGGCAAAAUGUUGCUGACUCCUGCACAACUGGUCACCCAGUGUGAACACGGGAUCAGUGAAGCCGAGUCCAGCCUGAACACCCUCAUCCAGCACCUACAGCACCUGCUGAUCCUGCACGACAGGUGCAACUUCAAAAUCUCCCUGUCAGAGUACUGCCAGGAAACCACCACCUCUAUCACCUUCCGUAUGCUGGACCGUGUGGUGGCACCAGAGCUCAUCCCCGCCACCAUAGACAAGAUGGUACGACCCUACAUGAAGGACCACGGGCUAGAAGAGGACAAAGUUCUGCUACAGUACAUCCAGGACCUACUUGAACAGUGCAGUAGCAGGGCCUCCUACCAGCUGGAGGCAUCAUGGGAAGUCAAGGCCAUCACCUGUGUACACUGUAUGAAGGACAUGGAGUGUAAGUAUGAAGGCACCUUACUGCUGAUGAACAAGGCAGUCAUCCCCUGGAGCCAGGCCAUGGAAACUUUUGUCACCGAAGCACUGAAAUGGAAGCACCCAAGGGCAUCUGAACUUCAACACAGAUACAGCAUGAUCAACCUGAGAAAGAUGCUGGCAAACUAUGCCCUCAGGAACUACAAUGUGUCAGAGUUUACCACUGCACCGGCAUUGCUGAAGUACAUCCUGUACAAGGACCAGCCUACUGUCAUGCAGGAUGCUCUACAGGUGGUUGAGGCCUACCCAGAUCACCUGAAGAAGACAGAUGCCUACAAUAUCAGAAUCCACUUCCUCAUCCAGCAGAAUAGGCUGUCAGAGUGCAUGACACUCCUGAAGUCUCUCCCUAAGGAAGAAGUGGAGGUGUGUGUGAGGAAGAUAGCCAUCUGGGCAGAACUUACCCUACAGGACUCCAUCAUUACUGAUGAGGAGGUGCACAAGAAGAACCAGAUGACAGCUGUGGAAGCAGCUUUGUUGGCACUCAAGCACCUGGCAGAUAUGGAAGAGGACACAGCAAACCUACUGGACUAUGAAGAGAAACUGCAGGACUUCCAGAACAUUUUUGCUCUUCAGAAAGAGUAUGGAGAGUUUAUGAGCAGAUCAGAGUAUCAGGACCCUGAGUUCAGGAAGGGAGUUCUCAUGGAACACCUCGCCAAGUUCUUCCAGAGCAUGGCCCAAACAGAUGAUAUGGAGGAUGGAGAUGUGAGUGAGGAGUGUCCAUGUCAUGAUGACAGAAAGAGAAGACCUAUGAAAGGAAACUACAGCAAGAUGUUUAGGCUUGCCAAACUGUUGGGGGUGUCCUCGGAUGAGCUGAGGGGUCACCUGGCCGUUCGGGCUUCUGAGGAUGGAAACAUUGACAGUGCCAUUAACAUGUGCCAGAUCCUGUAUGAGCAGGCCCCGAACGCCACCACAGGAAGGGUGCUGUAUAACGUGGCACACAACCUGUGCAGCAUGCAGGCCGACCCCGACGCACACCUGGUCACACGUCACCGGUCAUCCAUCGCUCACACCAUCCACCAGCUGGCCAGCCAGGCUCUCACCAUCUGUGAACAAGACCUGAUCUGUGACUGCCUGGAGUUGUGUAAGUGCAGCUCUCUGUCCCUGAGGGUUUACCAGAAGUGUGAGAAGGCGGCUUACGAUGUAUCUGUACAGCCAGCAGAAGAAGAUCACCUAGCUGGUCCCCAGAAGGACCCGUACUCAGAGUGGACUUACGACAGUUUUUUCAAGGAGGAUGGACUAGUGCUGGACACUGCUGACGCCAUGCCACUCACUUACCAGUUCACCUUAGCAUGCCUUCCACAACCAGGCUGCAGUGUGAAAGGUCCUCUUGUUCCACUGAAUCAUGCUAGAGUUGCAGGAAGCUCCUCUCCUGAAGAUGAUGAAAGCAGUGAGCAUGUACUUGAUGAGAUCCAUGCCAGCACCUCCAGUAUUGUACAGUACCUACAGGAGAGCAGUCUGUACCAGCUGGCCUUCCAGUUCUCAGUCCAGGCUCUGGGAGUGUGCCUCCAACAUGUCCUCAUAGAUGAGAUCCUCACCCUGCCUACUGAACUACAAGCUGAGCAGCAGGCAAUGAAGACCAUAAAAAGGCAGACACUGGCAGCUAUGGUUAAACAGGGGUCUUUCCUGGGCAGUGAGUUCAUCACUGCACUCUUGACAAAGUUGUUCAGCUGCAGACGUGUGGACCAUAACCUGGCCCUGGGAUAUGUCAGUGUGCUGAAUAAAGCCGACGCCUUCAAGAAGUUAAAAUCACAGUCAUCUCCGCUGGACUGAACUACAGGAGAGUUCUGGCCAUAGCGAAUGUUGGGAAGGACCUGGCCAGGCUGGUUGGUCAGGAGGAUGUGCUGAAGGCAUGUAAGAGCCUGGCCUCUGACGCAGACUGGGGACACAGGCUGCAGAAAAUGAAGAUCUCCUUCAAAGACGCCUUUCAGAAUGAAUCUGCAGCCAAACAGAAGCUGUUAUCAACCAUCAUCGCUAACGAACAGACUGACCUGGAUCUGAUCCUGGACUACUGCAG